AUGUGGCACCAGCUCCUCCCUUGGUCACACCUUUUCCCAAGAGAAUCAUCCCCAGUUUCCUCUUCCAGCUGCUGGAAAAAAAAACCCCAAGGAAUCAACCCCAUUUUGCUGCUUUUCGGGGCUGCCCACGUGUCUGACUCAGCUUUCUGUGUUUCAGUUCUCAGUGUCAGACCCCAGUUCUCUGAGCUGGAGUUCUCCCACGUGUGCCCAGACACCUGGCCUGGCUUCCAAGGAAAAUGUUAUCAUUUCUCUGAGGCUGAGGGCAACUGGACCACGGGCCGGGCAAGGUGUGAGGCCCUGGGAGCUUCCCUGGCCACCAUCAGCACCAGGGAGGAACUGGCCUUCCUUCUGCGCUACAAGGGCGAAGCAAACCACUGGAUCGGGCUGGGAAUGGGGGAUAACGGCUGGGAGUGGAUCAAUGGCACGGCCUUGAACGGCAGCUUCGAGGUGAGGGGUGGGGGCCCCUGUGGGUACCUGAACCAGGGCAGGAUCAGCUCGUCCCUGUGCCACACGGAGAAGAACUGGAUCUGCAGCCGCCCCGACAACUUCGUCCUGUGGGAGGGGAAAUUAAGAGACCCCAAAGCGGGACUCUCAGCCUAA